GGGCUGCCCUGAGGCGGCGGCGGCGAUGCAGCCAGCGCGGUGGCGGCCGGGGCCAGGAACGGCCGCCCGGAGCUCGGAGGACGCUGAGCGCGCCGCGCCCGGGGCACUGACCGAGGGUCUUGUAGCGACUGAUUCCUCUCCAGCUGGGGCCUGGGAAAUGGCAGCUGCUGCUGACACAGCCUUGAAGACAGCCACUUGCCUGCUCAGCACCGUUACUUAGAAGAUAGGAAUCAAGAGGACUCGAGCUGCUCAGAGCCCCAGUUGGAGCAGCCAUGACCCACUGGACGUCCCUCCAGGCAUCCAGGCCACAUAAACUUGCCCCCUGAGGUCCAGUGGCCUGUCGCCAGCAUCUAAGUACCCGGGCCCUGGCCUCCUCUGCCUGGAGGGCCCAGGAAUCUGGGGUCGAGCCAUCUUCUUGGUGCAGUACCCGGGGUCCCCACCACCCCCGGCUCCCUGCCUCCUGGCCCAGGCAGAAGCAGCGUCCACCAUCACAGCCCCAGGCCUCAGCUCCUCAGACCUAUGGAGCCGCCCCCCGUGGAGCCAGCCCGGGGGCGAGCCAGGGACCCUCCAUCCCCGGGAUGUCCUCGGCCGGCAGGGCCAACCCCUACAGUAUCGUGUCAUCGGAGGAGGACGGGCUGCACCUGGUCACCAUGUCGGGGGCCAACGGCUUCAGCAACGGCAAGGUGCACACGCAGCGCCGGUGCCGGAACCGCUUCGUCAAGAAGAACGGCCAGUGCAACAUCGAGUUCGCCAACAUGGAUGAGAAGUCACAGCGCUACCUGGCCGACAUGUUCACCACCUGCGUGGACAUCCGCUGGCACUACAUGCUGCUCAUCUUCUCGCUGGCCUUCCUCGCUUCCUGGCUCCUGUUCGGCGACAUCUUUUGGGUCAUCGCCGUGGCGCACGGCGACCUGGAGCCGGCCGAGGGCCGUGGCCGCACGCCCUGCGUGAUGCAGGUGCACGGCUUCAUGGCGGCUUUCCUCUUUUCCAUCGAGACGCAAACCACCAUCGGCUACGGGCUGCGCUGUGUGACGGAGGAGUGCCCGGUGGCCGUGUUCAUGGUGGUGGCGCAGUCCAUCGUGGGCUGCAUCAUCGACUCCUUCAUGAUCGGCACCAUCAUGGCCAAGAUGGCUCGGCCCAAGAAGCGGGCGCAGACGCUGCUGUUCAGCCACAACGCGGUGGUGGCCCUGCGCGACGGCAAGCUCUGCCUCAUGUGGUGCGUGGGCAACCUGCGCAAGAGCCACAUCGUGGAGGCGCACGUGCGGGCCCAGCUCAUCAAGCCGCGGGUCACCGAGGAGGGCGAGUACAUCCCGCUGGACCAGAUCGACAUCGACGUCGGCUUUGACAAGGGCCUCGACCGCAUCUUCCUCGUGUCCCGCAUCACCACCCUGCAUGAGAUCGACGAGGCCAGCCUGCUGUUUGGCAUCAGCCGGCAGGACUUGGAGACAGAUGACUUCGAGGUCGUGGUCAUCCCGGAGGGCAUGGUGGAGGCCACGGCCAUGACCACACAGGCCCGCAGCUCCUACCUGGCCAACGAGAUCCUGUGGGGCCACCGCUUCGAGCCUGUCCUCUUCAAGGAGAAGAACCAGUACAAGAUCGACAACUCCCACUUCCAUAAGACCUACGAGGUGCCCUCCACACCCCACUGCAGUGCCAAGGACCUGGUGGAGAACAAAUUCCUGCUGCCCAGUGCCAACUCCUUCUGUUACAAGAACGAGCUGGCUUUCCUGAGCUGUGAUGAGGAGGACGAGGCAGAUGGAGACCAGGAUGGCCAUAGCCCCCAGGCCCAGCAUGACUUUGACAGACCUCAGGCCGGUGGUGGCGGCCUCAAGCAGCGGCCUUACAGACGGGAGUCAGAGAUCUGAGCCACCAUGGGCCAAGGUGCAGCAUCCGCCCCGCCAGGGAAACGCCUGGUGUCCCUCGAGGGCCCUGGGUUUGAGCAGAAUGGGCCAGGUGCCCCGGUUGCAGACUCAGUAGUGUUUUAGAUGUUUUAUGUUUCUUCACAGUGGACUGGGAAGGUUGGCAGGAGAAUGGGUGACCAAAGCGGGCCGCCGCUGGCCUCAGAGGCCGGAGCAGGUGCAGGGAGGUAGCCUCUUGGGGUCCGGGCCAGGAGCCAGGGGCUUCUGUCUGAGGCUAGAACUGCGGCCUGCCCGGAGGUGGCUCAGUGGCCAUCCAGCCUCUGUGGGUGAAGGCUGGCAGGCUGCAGGGCACCUCGCUGGUUUUUAACUUGGGGAGAAACACUGGUUUUGGCUUUCUAAACCGUAGCUUGAGUAAGACUGUUUACAAAAAAAAAAAAAAAAAUUAACACUUGAUUGACAAAAAAAUUUAAUUUCUGGGGAUUAUAAAAAUGGACAGUGAGAAUUCCAUUGGUCUGCCUAGAUGCAGGCAUUAGAUGGGGGCUCCACGAGGUUCCCUGAGGCUGGACAGGCCUCUCCUCCGUGAAGGCCAAGUGUGUGCUGGGCGGCGCCAUCCGCAUGUGCAAGCGCGGGGCUCAUCUGUGGUUCCUUCUGCUCACGGGCGGAUUGGAUGAUGUUUGUGAUGGAAAAACCAAGACCAUGUUAAUGAUCAUAAUAAAAGCUUUCCAGAGUCACAGAGAUGGGGGUAGGGGCUGGGAAAAAAAACUAGUUUGAGCUUU